UCCUGGACCACCCUUUCGUGGAAGGCUUCCUUCCUAGCUCUCUCUCUCUCUCUCUCUCUCUCUCUCUUUCCGCGGUGUCUCCAUCCUUCCCUCCUGCAUCUUCCCGUUCGCUUAGCCAGAAGCUAAAUACUCCCAUCCUUAUUGAAGGAACCUUCUAGGGCAGUCAGAUUGGCAGAACAAAAAUAUACAUCAUAGUACCUAUAUAUCUUUUUCCUCUAUCUCAACGUUCCAACACUGUUAAGCCCAAACUCUGAGCCUUCACCUUGCUCCCCCUUCCUUCGAUCGAUCUCUCUCUUGGGACCUAGAGAUCACCUCCAGUGGAAACAGAUAACAAAGAGGAGCCACAGACGAUCUUUCCUAAGAGUUUCCUCCGAGAAUUCGAAUAGUUCUUAAGUGACAUGGAGUUAGCCCAUGGAAUUAGAAGAGGCGGGCACCACCGUGGGGAAGAAGACCAAGAGGAGGCAUUAUCCAAGAACCCUUCCUUCUCUCCCUCGUCCUCCACUCCCCCCUCCUUCUCCUUUACUUGGAUCCCUCAUGCCGAGCCCGCUCCCGCACUUCCGAUCGAGAGGGAGCACAUGUUCGACAAAGUAGUGACGCCGAGCGACGUCGGGAAGCUGAACCGGCUCGUGAUUCCAAAGCAGUACGCCGAGAAGUUCUUCCCUCUAGACCCGUCGGUGGCCGACAAGGGCCUCUCCCUUUGCUUCGAGGACCGCACCGGGAAGCCAUGGCACUUCCGCUAUUCCUAUUGGAACAGCAGCCAGAGCUACGUCAUGACCAAGGGAUGGAGCCGCUUCGUCAAGGACAAGCGCCUUGACGCAGGUGACACCGUCUCCUUCUGCCGUGGUGUCGGUGACUCCGGCCGUGGCCGCUUCUUCAUCGACUGGCGCCGCCGCCCUGGCUCCUCCCACCACCGCCAGCCGCCGCUCCCUGGUCAACCGAUGCAGUUGCCUUUCGCUGCCACCACCACCCCAUUCGCCGGGCUCUUCCCCCCUUCGGUACCAGCUGCCAUGCGCAAUGCCGCAAGCCCCGGCGCUGGAGGCGACGGCGGCUCGUAUGUCCGUUUUCGAUCGGUGUGUCCCCCGCCGCAUGUCCGGGUGCAAGUCGGAGGUGGCAGUGAAGUGGUGGGGCUGCCGAUGGUUUUAGGGUCGCUGCCGGUGAUCCAUGGCUCGGCGAAGCCCAAGCGAGUCCGGCUCUUCGGAGUGAACCUAGAGUGCUCGGAGCCGGAGGUCGACCUCGGUGAGGCUCAAAGGCUGCCUCUGGCGCAGCCUAGGCCUUCUCUUCUCCAGUGGAGAAUUGGGGCUCUUGAGUCCACUGUGGUGUCCACAGGAAGUAAGCUGCACUCAUCCAUGGAUCUCCACUUAUAAUUCAGAGAUAAGGAAGGAAGGAGGAGAAGAAGAAUGUUUCAUAUUCUCUUACUCUCAUUAUAUACUGCCAUCUUAUGCUAGGUUGAAUGAAAGGGUUCAGGAUUUUGUCAUUCCCUUUUCUUUUUCAUCAUAAUAAAAUAAUUUGAGCAUUUGGAAUGCGUUUGGGUGAGAGAGAAAGGAGAUGAAGAAUAGGGAAAAGGGAUGUAUGUGAACUAUAAUAUUUCCACUUUUUUUUUCCUUUCAUCUUGAA